AUGGGAGCCAUGAACGAGCCUCUAUGGAGAGGCUCUUCGUCAAAUAUUUAUCAGUUCGAGCCGGGAAAGGUUCUGAAAGUACCAAGAGAGGUCCCUAGCACCAACGACGGUUACGAAAUUCUCAAUCGGGACAGGGCGAAAGGAUUCGACGUAGAAAGAGAAAUCUAUGAAGAACUUGGGGAGAACGAUCUCAUCCUUCCGUAUUACGGAUGUCACGAACUUGAGGGCUACCGAGGUCUGUUAUUCGCCCAGGCCGACAGUAAUCUACAGGAGUACCUCGAGGAAGGCUUUACCAAGGCUACCAUGCCCGAACGAAAGCGCUGGUGUCGUCAAGCUGCAGAUGCUAUAGCAUACAUUCACGAUCGCGGUAUCAUACACUCGGACCUGCGGCCCGAGAAUUUUCUGAUUCACGGGCAGGACAUCUGGCUUAGCGACUUUAAUGGGUCGGUGUGCGAAGAGCGUGGCUUGGAUGGUGGACAGCUGCCUGAUGCUGGAUUCUGGAACUUGGAGUGGGAGACGACGCGAGCGACGGAUAUAUUUGCUCUCGGCUCGGUGCUCUACGCGAUCGUGACCGGAUGGUGGCCGUUUUGCAAGCCUGGCGCUAUGAACGGGCUGGACAGGAAAGACGCCAGCAGCUACGAUGAGCAGGUUGCGGAAAGGUUCAAGAAUGGAAAGUUUCCGGAUGUUUCUUCUCUCUCGGGAGGGCACAUCAUCAUGGGUUGUUGGACUGGCCAAUACGACAGUGCUGCCGACGUCAAACGGGAUUGUGACAACACCUACGCAGGCAGCUCUUUCGUCCCCGUCGGCACGGCUAAGUUCAUUCCCAUCACCAAGACGCAAGAACAGACCUUCAGAGACCCUCUGCGGCCCAAUCAAGAUGGCACUACCCAGUACAACGAGGAAAAUGAUACCAUUUGGAGGGACAUGGCGAACCAGUGCGAGCUGCAAGUCAAGUGCUUGAUGUCUGCGCAUCAGGAUGCGUUUCUUAUCGGAGCAGGAAAAGGCGCAGUGUGA